AUAGAAGUAAUAUUUUUUUGUUCAGCCUCAGCAAAGAAGUUUUUUAAAUAAAUUGAAUAUUAUUGUUAGACUCAUAUGGGGUUUCUGAGCAAAGUCAUCACCUUAAGGAUUAUUAUACGUGUUUUUACAGAAGACGAAGAAAAACACAAAAGCUGAAAAUAACAAUUUUGGGAUAUAUACAAUAUCACAUUUUUACAAAACGAUAACCAGCAUCGACUUGACUUUGCACAAUCUGCAUAUAUUAUAGUCAUUUCUUGAAACAAGAGGUUAAUUUGUAGUAAAUUAUGGCCUCUGCACAAGAACGUUUCCAAGCAGCAGUGAAUGUCAUUAAGGGCCUGCCUAAGAAUGGACCAUAUCAACCAAGCACUGGUAUGAUGUUAAAAUUUUAUGGUCUCUAUAAACAAGCCACCGAGGGAGAUUGUCACCAAAGAAAACCUGCAUUUUGGGAUGUUGUCAACAAGGCAAAAUGGGAUGCUUGGAACAGAAAUAGUCAUAUGACCAAGGAAGAAGCUAUGCUAAAAUAUGUUGAAAGUUUACAAGAAAUUAUCGAAACAAUGUCAUUUACGGAAAAUGUUCAAAACUUUGUGGGUAGCUUACAGGGCUUGGAAAACAUUAAUUUGGAUGAAUUAGAAAUAAUAGCUCCUGGUAUGAAAGAACUAGCAGAAUCACAUCCUAACUCACCAUUUCACUCAAGAACCAAUAGUCCUCAGCAUAGCACAAACGGUAGUGGAGAAGAAGAUGCUACAUUAAAUGGACACGACUCUACUUUAGAUAAUGUCACUACACCACCAGCAACACCUGUUCAGAACACAGAACUGCCAACAACACAUUCCUUACACAAUUCUUUGACCCAUGAAUCAACAAAAGUCGACUAUUCUCAAACUAAUGGAUCUAUCGACCAGUCGGACGACGAAUAUGUUGAUCCAUUUGAUAUUCAAAAUGAGCUUUAUGAAUCUUUACAACGUAAUACAGAAAUACUUAAACAGGUGCAGGCCACUGUUUUACGCAUGAAUUCUGAUUUGUCGUCCGUAAAUCAACGCGUAUUUGAUUUGGAAAAGACAAUAAAAGAAAUGAAAGCAAGUGUUGCGAAUCGAAAAACUUCUGGGAGCAAUGUUGCAGAGCCGAAAUACAAAUAUCCAAAAUGGUGGCCCUUUACAGACAUUUCUCCCGUUUGGUUUGUUCUGUUGAUAUUAUGGCCUUUUAUUGUGAGAAGAGUCGGAAAAAUGUUAGACAAUCCUCCAAAACGAAAAUAAAAUUGAAUAUAUGUUGUAGAUAGUUAAGGUGGCUUUUUAUAUUGAUUUUACAGUGAAUAUUUUUAUAUACAUAGCUUGGUGUAUGUUUGCCUACGAAUUUUGUCGACUAGCUUAAAUUUUAUUUUAAAUGCUAUUUUCAAUAGUGCAAUCUUUAACAUUAUUGUAAAAAUCUUGGUUUUUUGUUUUAAUUUUAAGUUGAAAGCAAACUUAUGUUUUGUCCAUUCCCUAAUUGUACAACAAAUAAUGUAAAAAAUACAAUUUAUAUAUUUAAUUUACGCUUACAUUUUAUGUAUCUUUUAUAUUUUAUUUUAAAAACAAAUGCAUAUAUUUAAUAAAAAAAAUUAACUUGUGAA